CGUGGUUGUGGAAACACAUAUGUUUUAAAUAUGUAGUUAGUUACUACGUGAACAAAAUCGUGGUUUGCUGUUUAUUUUUUCACUUAACAAAUAAGGACUUACGUUAAAAGGAAUAAAGUUCAGUAUACAACAUUCGAUUCCUUGACAAAGUUGUAUUAUGUUAUAAGUAAAUAAAUAAAAUGGAAAAUAACAAAAUAGAUGUGACCAAUGAAAACGAAUGUACAAAAACAAACGCUUCAAGCGACUUGAAUAAAAUAAAUUCAUUGAAAUCAGAAAACAAAAGCGAGAUAACUGCACAUUACACAAAAAAUGAGGAAUCAGCGAUGGUUGAUAGAGUUACGUUUGAAGGAUUAGAAGAUGUUGAUAGUAUUUAUUCUGAUGAUAUAAACAAUAAGAAAUUACCACCAAUACCGGACGGUGGUUGGGGAUGGGUGGUCGUAGUUGCAGCAUUCCUAAUAUCAGCUUGUGCUGAUGGUUUGGCAUUCUCCUUUGGUUUACUGCACGAGGAAUUUACUUCAUACUUCGAAACUACGCAAUCGAAAACAUCUUUGAUAGGAAGUUUAUUUAUAGCGACUCCUUUGCUCGCAGGACCGAUAAUGAGUGCGUUGGUCGACAGAUAUGGUUGCCGUACUAUGACCAUGAUUGCUGGUUUACUUUCUACUAUUGGAUUCCUGUUAGCAUCCAUCAGUAAUUCUGUGGAGGUGUUGUGCUUGACGUUUGGGUUUCUGAGCGGUCUAGCAAUGGGUAUUUUGUAUGUAACUGCUGUUGUAGCCGUCGCAUUCUGGUUUGAUAAGCGACGUAAUCUGGCGGUUUCUCUCGCUUCUUGCGGGAUCGGUUUCGGAACUUUAAUUUAUUCUCCGCUUACUCAUUAUUUACUGGAAGCUUAUGAUUGGAGGAAUACUGUUGUUUUACUCGCUGGUACUUUGUUGAAUAUGUGUGUGUGUGGUGCGUUAAUGAGAGAUCCUGAAUGGUUAACUAUUAAGCAAGAAAGAGAAAGAAGACUGUCUAAACCUAGGUCUGGCCGCUCUCCUAGUGUCGGAUCUAUGUCAUCUAGAUCUAUAGGAGGUGAAUCACUGUUCUUAACUCCGGAAGAAAUAAAAGAUUUAUUAAAAAGUGGACAGAGUCCUGAUUAUAUUUUAGCCACGCUUACUACAAGUAUUGCGGAAGCACAGAAAUUAGAAGAAACGACACAAUUCAACGCUGAACAGGGUUAUAAAAGAAUACAUUCAGAUAUACAUCUACCAACAUUUAUAGCGCAAAAUGAAAAGGUCCCAGUUGAAGUUAUUGAAAAAUUAAUGAGUAACAAGAGAUUGUACAAUAUAAUACUGCAAAACUAUCCAGAUUUAAUUACAAGACGACGUUCUGAAGAGAAUCUUUAUAUCGAAGGAUCGGAGCUCGUUAAAAACGAACCGGCACAAUUGCCUGUUUCUGUUACAAUUAAAAUGCCUAAUAAAUACGAAUCAGAGAUAAAUAAAGAGGAGAAAAACACAGAACGUAAGGAAAAGUUGAAUAAUCAAAAUAGUAUUGACAAAGACGCUAAAAUCAAUACGAACAUAGAUAAUAACAUCGAUAAAAAAACAAAACCUAAAGUACCAGUACAACAGACGAAUUGGCUGUCAAGGCAGAUUUCUAUGGACCAUCAUUACUUAAGGGAUAUGCCUUUAUACAGGAACACUAUAAUGCAUAGAGGCGCUAUGAUGAAUAUACCUAGAUAUAAGCUAAGAGCCUCCUCUUUGCCAGAUAUUUACAGGAAUUCUAUGUGGUCUCUUGGCUCAGCAUCCGACGAUGGAAUGAAAUGGUAUCAAAGACUAUGGCAGACUACGAAAUCGACUUUCGACUUUAGAAUGUUCACAGAAUUCCACUUCUUAAUGUUCAACCUAUCUUCUCUUAUCCUCUCCGUGUGGUUCAUAGUCCCCUACUUCUUUCUCAAGUCCUACAUGACUUCUAGAAGUAUGACAGGAGGAGCAGAAAUGAUCAGUAUCAUUGGUAUUGCGAGCAGCAUUGGAAUUGUUGCUCUAGGUUGGGCAGGAGACCAGCCCUGGAUAAAUGUCACCAAGACGUACGCCGUGUGCUUGAUCAUAUGUGGUCUUUCAGUCGGUCUCUAUCCUCUCUUUAUAACCAACUAUUGGGCCCUGGCGAUCAUCUCCGCGAUCUUCGGGUUAUCCUUCGCUAGUUCCUACUCGUAUACUCCGGCUAUUCUAAUGGAAUUGAUGCCGAUAGACCAUUUCACUGUUGCAUAUGGCCUGAUACUUCUCAGUCAGGGUAUUGGGCAUUUAGUUGGACCUCCGAUUGGUGGUAUGCUGUACGAUCUCACAGGCAGUUGGGACUUGACAUUUUACGCGGCCGGUCUCUGGCUCAUCAUAUCGGGUCUGUUUGUGGGUGUCAUACCGUACACGAGGGACAUGCGGAUGUGUGGCACAGCUCCGCUCUUUAAGGAAGCCGAGGAAGCGAGAAAGGAAAACGUUGAUGUCUGAAUUUACUAUGAAAUUUAUAAU